UGACGAGUAUAAGAAAGUCGGCGCGCACGACACAAAUGAUGAUAAUUGUUCUUGGCAUUACUUUUGAAAAUUUGUUGUCAUGGGUGUUAGGCUUCUUCUUCAAAACGGCACCGUGUUGCAGCAUGAUGCGCAAGACAACGUUACCGCUCGUAGAAACACCGACAUCUUAAUUGAGGAUGAUCGCAUCAUUGAGAUCGGGCAUGAUAUUGAGCCCGGAAAUGCAUCGAAAAUUGACUGCGAUGGCAAAAUUAUCGCUCCUGGGUUCAUCAAUGCCCAUCAUCAUGUUUGGCAGAGCCAAUUAAAAGGGAGACUUGGCGACUCUACAAUGCUGGACUACAUGCUUGAAGCCAAUCUUCAAAGCUUCAACUUCACUCCAGACGAUAUCUUCUGGGGCCAACUAGCUGGCUGUCUCGAAGCGCUUGACGCUGGAACGACCUGCGUGGUUGACAAUGCACACGGCGCGUCUAGCCCCGAACACGGCCCAGCAGCUCUGAGCGCUACUUUGGCGUCUGGAAUAAGAUCGAUAUUUUGUCAUGGAGUCAUGCCACUACGCGCUGCUGAGUGGACAGAGUCUUCGUUUGAGCUCGAUCGUUCUCCUCAACCUGAUUGGCUGCUGCCUCAGAUGGAUUCCCUUGCUUCAAAGGCGCCGUUUGGAGAUGACAAGAGAGUUCAGCUGGGGUUCUUCUUUGACAGCUAUUUCUUGCCAGAGAAUGCCAUUUCUGAGUCACUUAAUCAUGUGAAAGACGCUGGAGUGAAGCUGAUUACAAGCCACUACAGACACUGGCCAGUUUCAAAGGGACAAUCUCGAGUCCCAGAGCAACUACACGCCUGCGGUCUUCUUGGCCCUGAUAUCCUUCUCACUCACGGCAACGGAACGACACCAGAACAAGCAUCUCUACUCACUGAAGCCGGGACUUAUAUCGUCUCAACCCCCGAUGCCGAAAUCUUCAUGGCAUCAGGCGCAGACCCAGUAGCGUUUCGAGAAGAUCUCCCAUUGACGUGCCUCGGAGCCGAUUGCCACUCCUGCGGACCAGUGAGCAUGAUGCAUCAGAUGCAAAUAGCCUUAGCAAGUGAUCGAGGAUCGCAAAACUCAAAGACCUUUGCACAAGGCCACUAUCCGAAGAAGAUGCGGGCUACGGUGCAGGAGGCGUUCAACUUGGCUACCAUCAAAGCAGCUCGUGCGAUCAACAUGGAUAAGGAUAUUGGGUCUAUUGCCGUCGGGAAGUUGGCAGAUCUAGUCAUUUUCGACACGACUUCCCCCUCUCUUAACUGUGCAGCUGAUCACGACCCAUUGACUGCUAUCGUUCGUCAUGCCGGAGUAAGGGAGGUUGAAACUGUUAUCAUUGGCGGCCAGAUCCGGAAACAAAAUGGAAUUCUGCAUAAAGUGCACCUGGCGGAUGGUCGAGAAGCUGGCUUCGAUUUCAAGCACGAGGCUGUUCAUUCGAAGGACGGAUUAUCGUGGAAAGAAGUUGCAAAGGAGGUAUCGAGGAGUCGAGGUGAGAUUCAGGGCAGAAUCAACAAGGUCAACAAAGAGCUGGCCAGAGAGAAGCUUAUUGGAAUGAUGGGCGGCUUGCAGGGUAUCAUAGUUGACUUGUAGAUCUUCUGUCUAGAACACCUCCUUGUAGUAUUAAUAUAGACGCAGUUCCCUACUCCGGCCUUAA